GUAAUCAUUUUAGGAAUUUCUUAUCCAAAAUACUAUUUUUUUUCUGGGACAGACUUAUAUAUUUGAACAAUGUGGAGCUCGACGCUUUGAAGCAGUGGUCUUCUGGCACAGUGAGGAAGCACUUGGCUCUCUCUACUGGUUUUGGGUGGGACAGAGUUAAUUUCUUCGUAGUAGCUAGUAUGGCACUGUGUUUUGGAUCUGUGAGCAGUGUUGAUGGCACAGGGAUGUUGUAGCUGUUGCUGAGCAGUGCUUGCACAGCGUCAGGGUCACUUCUGCUUCUCACCCUGCCUCACCAGUGAGCAGGCUGGGGUUAUGCAAGAAGCUGGGAGGGGACGCAGCUGGGACAACUGACCCCAGCUGACUUAGGGAUGUCCCACACUGUAUGGCGCUGUGCUCAGCAAUAAGAGCUGGGGGAAGGAGGAGGAAGGGGGGUGUUCAGAGUUGCAGCAUCUGUCUUCCCAAGUCACUGUUACUUGUGAUGGAGCCCUGCUUUCCUGGGGGUGGCUGAACGCCUGCCUGCAACGGGAUGUAGUGAUCGAAUUCCUCUUGCUUUGCUUGGCGCGCGCAGCUUUUGCUUUACCCAUGAAACUGUCUUUAUCUCAACCUGCAAGUUUUUUUGCACUUUUACCCUUCCGAUUCUCCUCCCAUCCUGCUGCGGGGGCGUGAGCGAGCGGCUGCCUGGGGCCGAGCUGCCCACGGGGGCUGACGCACAACACUCUCCCCUAAGCAAGCGGGCACUUGAAGCGGAGUUACUGUGCAGCUAUUAAUUCAGCAUCCUGCCCAGCUAAUUAAUUCUGCGUCAGCUGGCUGACCUUCGUUGCGUCCAGUCUCAGAGCAGUCCAGCCUCAUAUGAAGACAGGUAUUUCUGCACGGCACCAUAUUUUUCUGCGUAACCAAACCUGACGAUUCGUGUACAACACCCCAGGAGAGAGCAAUGAAUCAAUUGUAAAAGCUUAAAAAAAUGUUCUUUUGUGACUCAUGGGCUCUACCAGCUUCUGAGCAAGAAAUCGCACAGUUGACGUGUAUUAUGUAACAGGAGGAAGAAAUCUGUCAAACAUGACCCACCUGCCAGCAGCAACUGACACUGUGCCAAGAGUAACCCUAGAAAUUCGUCAUAAAACAGCACAUUGUCUCACGUUCUACCAAGAAACUCAAGGAGAGCAACCCUAUACCUUACUAAUCUCUGAAUCUUGAUAAGCGCUGGAGUUGGGGCUGGCCUGAGAAAGCUGUGAUUUAAAAAGAAAUGCAGUGUAUUUGGGCACUCUGAAGGCUUAGUGACGUAGGUGAAGGCUACCAAAACGCUGAGGACUUGGCUCUUGGUGUGGCAGGUUGGGCCAUCAGCAUAGAAGGUUUAGAAAGGCAGCGCCGUGGGUGGGGAGGGAAGGGGACCACGUCAGGAGGCGCACGGUAUGGCCAUAAAAGACCAAAAGCAACAGCUUAAUCCCCUGUUCCAGGCUGGGAGACACGAGUAAGCUUUUUGUUGCCCAAAUGAGGAGACCAUCAACUUCAUCCCUGGCGUGGGGAGCCGGGAGAGCACCCCACCUCCAGACCUGCAGGACAAAUCCUGCUCUCCUAAGGCAAUUUGCAGCCAUCAAACCCAGUUUGUGAAGUGCUGGCGUACAGGAGCCUUGGCCGAAGCUCAAAUCCCGGUGUGAUGCAAGUUGUCAUCAUUGUUAAUAACACCAGAAAGUCACUUUGUGGACAAACCAUAAAAUAACAUCUAUUCAGGGGCAGGAGCAGUCUCUCCCAAAGCCCUGAGUCUCGGAGCUCUUAACCUCCAGCUACAAUAAUUGCAUUUUCACUGGAAAAAGAGUUUGAAGUCUAACUGUUUAAGGGCAAUUUGCAAUAGGUGAACACCGUUCCUGUUUUGCCGUUGUCCCUAAUUUCCUGUUCCCAAGUGUGUCUGGCAGAGAAUUGUAGUCCAAAACCACGAAGCAAGAAGCGGGAGGAAAGGCACGGCAGGCACUGACCAUGGCACCAGGCGGUGGGCAGGGACGGGGCACUGAAGAAGUGAUGUGACCAUGUGCAGGGUGACGAAGGGGCCAAUGAUGCCUUCCUCCAGCCUGGAUCCUGCUGGGAACCCCCCAGGCCUCCCUCCCACUGCCAGAAGAGAAAGGGAAUCCGUGCUAAAUCCUUAGUUCCCUGCAAAACUGUUGCAAAACCUGUCUCCCGAGGCAGCUCUUUCACCCGUGUUAAUGCCACGCCGUAUCAGUGCUUUUCAUGGCUUACUAAUUUCCACCCACUUCUGGGAACACCUGGCCACUCCCUUUGUGAUCACCUGUCCCAGACAUUUAUAGCAGCGACGGAUGCUAGAAAUAGAGGUGCGCCCGCUAAGAGCCGGAGGAGCCCGUAGACGGAAGGAGUAUUGGGGUCGAUUUGCAACGGAGAUAUUUGCGAACUGGCAGCAUGAAAAGCCCUGGGAGCACGUCAAGGAAUAUCAAAUGUCUCAUUGUUUUCAGUCUUUGCCUGGGACUCGUCUUCCUGUCGGGAUACUUCCACAUGAAGAACAAAAAUGAUGUAAUCUUGGAGAGCCACGAGGAGCUGCUGCCAUGCCGUGCCAAGACUAACGUCAUGUUCCUCAAGACCCACAAGACUGCCAGCAGCACCAUCCUGAACAUCAUGUUCAGGUUCGCAGAGAGGUACAACCUCACCGUCGCCCUCCCAGCCAAUGAGCUCGUACACCUGGGCUACCCAGAGACCUUCCAGGCCCAAUUUGUGGAGGAAUUUCAAACUAUAGGACAAAACUACAACAUCAUGUGCAACCACCUGCGGUUUAACCCUUCGGAGGUGCAAAAGGUGAUGGCAGCGAACACCUUCUACUUCUCCAUCCUGAGGAACCCCAUUCUUCUGCUGGAGUCUUCCUACGUCUACUACAAGGACGAUGUCCCUGCCUUCAAGAUCUCCAAGGACGUGAAUGAGUACCUGGCGUCACCCACGAAGUAUUACCACCCGGCGAAUUACAAGCAAAACAUCUAUGCCCGCAAUAUCAUGUGGUUUGACUUUGGCUAUGAUAACAACGCAGAGGACAACAAAAAGUACAUCCAGACGGUCUUGAAGGAGAUUGAACAGAACUUCCACCUGAUCUUAAUAGCAGACUACUUUGAUGAGUCCAUGAUCCUCUUGAAGCACACUUUGUGCUGGGAUCUGGAUGAUGUGAUUUACUUUAAGCUCAAUUCCAGAAGCCAGGACACUGUCCAGACCUUGACUCCAGAAAGCAAGGAACGGGUAAAAGCGUGGUGCUCGCUGGACUGGGAGCUCUACCUGCACUUCAACCAGAGCUUCUGGAGGAGAAUUGAGGAAACCAUAGGACUCGAGGAGCUGGAGAAUGAGGUGAAUCACCUGCGAAGGAGACAGAAGGAGCUCAUGGAGAUCUGUCUUUUGAACCAGGAGGCAGUGGGGAAGGAUCACAUCAACAACAAAGCUCUCCUGCCUUACCAGUCAGGGGCCGCAAACAUCCUUGGGUACAACCUCAAACAAGACUUGGACAACAGGACUCUGAGAACCUGCCAGAAGAUGGUUAUGCCAGAGCUCCAGUACAUGUCCCAUCUUUAUGCUGUUCAACACCCGCACAAGAAGAGGAAGCAGUUAGGCUUGCCCUUGGCCUGAACCAGUUUCCAGGAGAAGAUGCAGCUCCCAACUCCCAACUAGGACACGUGACAACCCACUGGUGUUUCCCACCACUUUGCGUCACCCCGUGUCAGGCAUGUGGCUGGCCCACAGGACUCUUGCACAGGAGGGGCUGGGGGGAGAGUCUGUGUUCAAGGCCACCAAGCUGGUGGUGGGUCCCUUUUUGGGCAUCUUGAGCCGAAGGCUCUGCGUUGGCUGGAUCCUGCGUGAUCCCUCUUCCUCGCUGCCAGGCGGGGACAGCCUGCUGCUGCUGAGUGCUGGGCAGGCUUUUAACUGCCUCUUA